GCACGAGGUGCCCACACUUCUUCCUCUGCAGGAAAGCCACCCCUGCAUGUGUGAAGCAGCGAGUGGGACUCGGCAGCUGUCGUGUUACCAAAUGCAAUACGUGAAUCGAGUGCAACAGGAAAUAAAAAUCCCUUCUGGUAGGAAUUGUUCAGCUCAAAAGCGGGGGGAAAGAAAAGGCGACUCAAAACUGCCUACAGACAUCAAACCACGGAUCAAACCCACGCCUGGAGGCACCUCCUGAAAUACCCCGAGCGCUUGGCAUCAGGAUUCCAGGAGGUUCCUUGGGCAGUGUGGUCCUGCUCUUCCCUCCUGCCGGCCGACAGCACAGCCACAUUUCCCGGUGUUUGGUGUCAGGAGCCGGGCUGUUCCCGCUCGCUGGAUGGCAGCGCUGCCUGUGCUGGAACAGCGAUGGAACCUCACCGCAGGGAGACACCGCUCCUCUCCUCUCGCUCGGGGAGCCGGGAUUAAAGGGCGGCCUCUCUGCUGUCAUGGCAAUAGGAAUGCACGGCAGAGAUAAAGCAGCAGAGCUGAUUAAGGCGAUAUGGUGAUUGCCACAAGGUACUGCAAUGGCUGCAGGAGUUUUGCUGCAAAAUGAACUACCAUACUCCUCGCUGAUAGAGAGCAGUGUGUAUCUGGCAAAUAUGAAUUCAGGGAGCUCCAGGCGCCCCACGGCCAAGUACACGAAGGUGGGGGAGCGGCUGCGCCACGUCAUCCCCGGGCACAUGCAGUGCUCCAUGGCCUGCGGCGGCCGCGCCUGCAAGUACGAGAACCCGGCGCGCUGGGCCGAGCACGAGCAGGCUGUCAAGGGGCUCUACUCCUCCUGGAUAACAGAUAACAUUCUGGCUAUGGCUCGACCCUCGACAGAAUUAAUUGAAAAGUACAACAUUAUUGAGCAGUUUGAAAGAUGUGCCAUAAAAACCGUAAUUAACCUUCAGCGUCCUGGGGAGCACGCGAGCUGUGGGAACCCCCUGGAGCAGGAGAGCGGCUUCACCUACCUUCCUGAGGCUUUCAUGGAGGCUGGCAUUUAUUUUUAUAAUUUUGGAUGGAAGGAUUAUGGAGUGGCAUCUCUCACGACUAUCCUUGACAUGGUGAAAGUGAUGGCUUUCGCCCUGCAGGAGGGGAGGGUGGCUGUUCACUGCCACGCAGGACUUGGGAGGACAGGUGUUCUAAUAGCUUGCUACUUAGUUUUUGCCACAAGAAUGAGUGCUGACCAAGCAAUUCUGUUUGUCAGAGCAAAAAGGCCCAACUCCAUCCAGACCCGGGGGCAGUUACUGUGUGUCAGGGAGUUCUCCCAGUUCCUGGUCCCCCUGCGCAAUGUCUUCGCCUGCUGCGAGCCCAAGGCGCACGCGGUGACCCUGUCACAGUACCUGACCCGCCAGAGGCACCUGCUCCACGGCUACGAGAGCAGGCACCUCAAACACGUGCCAAAACUCAUCCACCUGGUGUGCAAGCUGCUGCUGGACCUGGCUGAAAAUAGACAGGUGAUAGAGGCAGAGCUGCUGGACAUCCCAGACCUCUCAGCUGAGAUUGAGAAGACCGUGUCCCAGCUGGCGUCCACGGAGCUCGAGCGGGAGCUGGCCAGGCAGGACAGCGACACAUCGGACUCGUCCCACACCCACUCCUCCGCUCUCGAAAGCCAGGACUGUCCCUUCUCCCUGGGACAUGAAUGUGACUCUUUUUGUAGAAGAAGGAAUGUCGAAUGCCUUCAGCCUCUUACUCAUCUGAGAAGGCGUCUGAGCUACAGUGAGUCAGAUCUCAGGAGAACUGGGUUUCUCUUGGAACAGGAUGACACUGUCUGGACAGUGCCUGCUCAGAUCUUAGUGAACAACAAACAGAAGGAGAACAGUGGGGAGGAAUGUUCUGCCACAGGUGAAGCAAAGCCACAGCUGGAGUUAAACAAAGAAGCAUUAGUGCAUAACACGUGCACGUUCUGGAGUCAAGGGAAAUUCAGUUUGGAUGGACGGAAGGAUGGCUCCUCACUUUAUCACAGAAGGAAUUCUACCAAAGAAAUACAACGCAGCAGGACCUUUUCCUCAGGCCUCACAUCCAUCCACAAUCCCAAGGAAACCGGGGUGUCGAGGCACAACUUUGCCAACGAGACUGGUCAUAGGAAGGACCACAAGACCAAUAUAUAUGGCAGAAGAGUCUAUCUCUCUGAGGACUCUGACUCCUCUUCUUCCUCUUCCAAAGUGAACUUUUCCAUUGGAUAUGAAAGCCAAGGUAGCAGACAUGUGUCAGAGACAAUUCCACACAUUGUUGUGCAGUCGGAGUUAAGUCUGGAAGCCCGAAGGGUUUUGGCAGCCAAAGCACUUGCAGAUAUAAAUGAAUUUCUGGGAGAGGAUGAAGUGAAGCAGAAGGUAGAAAUGUGGCAGAAAGAACUGAAUUCUCGAGAUGGAGCUUGGGAUAAAAUCUGCACCGAGAGAGAUCCUUUUAUCCUCUGCAGCUUGAUGUGGUCGUGGAUAGAGCAGCUGAAAGAACCUAUUAUAUCCAAAGAUGAUAUUGACAUGCUGGCAAAAAAUUGCACAGAAUCCCAGGAUGCACUCUACUUGCUGAGAAAGGAACAGUGUCAGACUAUCCUUUGUAUUUUACACUGUGUAGUGAACCUGCAAGUGCUGCCAGCUGAUGUGGAGGAGGCCUUACUUGCUCGUGCUAUUAAAGCUUUCACCAAGACAAGCUUCGAUUCUGAGAAUGGACCAUAUGUUUACAAUACCUUGAAAACUGUAUUUAAACAAGCACUGGAAGAAAAAAGGAAAAGGAAUAAAGAAGGAACAGAGAAUCCUUCUUGAUUUCUACACAGCUCUGGUGAAGCAUUAGAUGGGCCUACCAAAUUAUUUUGCAUUUUCCAGCUACUGUAUUUUGUGCUACCUGGCAUGAUAUACCUAACUUUAGGUAAUAGAAGUUAUUAACAAAUGAUUUUAUUUUUUUAGAGGGAGUUUUAGUGGCAAUUGUUCAAUCUACAUAGUUUUAAAGAACAGCUCCAUGUGACCAUUCUCUGUAGCACUUGGUUUCAGGUACUGUGCUUUUAUAUUGUGAAGGGUUCUUCUGUUCUCAGAUGUGUUUAUUGAUUUAGAAACCUCUGCUACUGGCAAGAAACCUUUUCAAGUGACACGACUGCCAUAAGUUCAGUGCCAUUAUCCACAAAGGUUUAAUGGAUUGAGUUAAUAUUUAUGUAUUACAUAUGUUUACAUUAAUGGUAUUUGAUUUCACUUUGCAGAAAAUAAAUAUUGACUGAACCUGUGAA